AUGAACGCUCCAUCUGAAAACAAACAUGCUUCGUCUAGAAAGGGCUAUAGACGUCUUACUGACGAAGAACGUGAUUAUGUAAUUAAUCAAUACUUGAAUAAGGUCAAGAUUGAAGAAAUUGCAUCGAAUCUUAAGGUUAAUAUCCGCAGAGUUCAGGACAUCGUUCGAAAUUAUAAGAAAGGAAUAUGCAGUACUUUCACCCAAGAGCAGGAAAAUCAAUUGGUUGAACUAUAUAAGCAAGGAAAAACAACUGUAAAGGCUUUACGCCCUUAUUUUACAAAUAUUGAUGGAUAUGCCAUCAGAAAUAAAAUAAAAAUGUUCAUUCGCUGGGGUAUACUAAAUCCGGCAGAUAAUUGCACUACGCCGGAAAUAAAAUCUACCCCAGAAGUUAUGAAUGAAGCAUUAGAUACAUAUAAUACUUGCGUUGGCGAAAUAUUAGAAAUCUCUGAAAGUAAUUUUGAUGAUUUCUGCUUUAAUUCCUUCAAGUUCGACACCGCAAAUACAUACAAUACAAAUGUUUAG